CGGGAGGCGGCGGCGGCGGCGGCGGCGGCGGGGGGCCGGAGCCCGGAGCGGGGUCGGGGAGCGGCCAUGCUCACCAAGUUCGAAACCAAGAGCGCCAGGGUCAAAGGGCUCAGCUUCCACCCGAAGCGCCCGUGGAUCCUGACCAGUCUGCACAAUGGCGUCAUCCAGCUGUGGGACUACCGCAUGUGCACCCUCAUCGACAAGUUCGACGAGCACGAUGGACCCGUCCGAGGCAUCGAUUUCCACAAGCAGCAGCCCCUCUUUGUCUCUGGGGGAGAUGACUACAAGAUCAAGGUCUGGAAUUACAAACUGCGCCGCUGCCUCUUCACCUUGCUGGGACACCUGGACUACAUCCGCACUACCUUCUUCCACCAUGAGUACCCCUGGAUCCUGAGCGCGUCCGAUGACCAGACCAUCCGUGUGUGGAACUGGCAGUCCCGGACCUGCGUCUGCGUGCUGACGGGCCACAACCAUUACGUCAUGUGUGCCCAAUUCCACCCCUCCGAGGAUCUGGUGGUGUCCGCCAGCCUGGACCAGACCGUGCGGGUCUGGGAUAUCUCCGGCCUGAGGAAGAAGAACCUGUCUCCGGGGGCCGUGGAGUCGGACGUGCGCGGCAUCACCGGGGUCGAUCUGUUCGGGACCACCGACGCCGUGGUCAAACACGUCCUGGAGGGCCACGACCGUGGGGUGAACUGGGCGGCCUUCCACCCCACCAUGCCGCUGAUCGUGUCGGGGGCCGACGACCGGCAGGUGAAGAUCUGGCGCAUGAACGAGUCGAAGGCCUGGGAGGUGGACACGUGCCGCGGCCACUACAACAACGUGUCCUGCGCCGUCUUCCACCCCCGCCAGGAGCUCAUCCUCAGCAACUCCGAGGACAAGAGCAUCCGCGUCUGGGACAUGUCCAAGCGGACCGGAGUCCAGACCUUCCGCCGCGACCAUGACCGUUUCUGGGUCCUGGCCGCCCACCCCAACCUCAACCUCUUCGCCGCGGGCCACGACGGCGGCAUGAUCGUGUUCAAGCUGGAGCGAGAGCGCCCGGCCUACGCCGUGCACGGCAACACGCUGCAUUAUGUCAAGGACCGCUUCCUGCGCCAGCUGGACUUCAACAGCUCCAAGGACGUGGCCGUCAUGCAGCUGAGGAGCGGUUCCAAGUUCCCGGUGUUCAACAUGUCCUACAACCCGGCCGAGAACGCCGUCCUCCUCUGCACGAGAGCCAGCAAUCUGGAGAACAGCACCUACGACCUGUACACCAUCCCCAAGGACGCCGACUCCCAGAACCCCGACGCCCCGGAAGGCAAGCGCUCCUCGGGGCUGACGGCCAUCUGGGUGGCCCGCAACCGCUUCGCCGUCCUGGACCGCAUGCACUCGAUCCUGAUCAAGAACCUGAAGAAUGAGAUCACCAAGAAGGUGCAGGUGCCCAACUGCGACGAGAUCUUCUACGCGGGCACGGGCAACCUGCUCUUGCGCGACGCCGACGCCAUCACGCUCUUCGACGUGCAGCAGAAACGCACCCUGGCAUCGGUCAAGAUCGCCAAAGUGAAGUACGUCAUCUGGUCGGCCGACAUGACCCACGUGGCCCUGCUGGCCAAGCACGCCAUCAUGAUCUGCAACCGGAAGCUGGAGUCGCUCUGCAGCAUCCACGAGAACAUCCGCGUUAAGAGCGGCGCCUGGGACGAGAGCGGGGUCUUCAUCUACACCACCAGCAACCACAUCAAAUACGCCGUCACCACCGGGGACCACGGCAUCAUCCGCACCCUGGACCUGCCCAUCUACGUGACGCGGGUCAAGGGCAACAACGUCUACUGCCUGGACCGCGAGUGCCGGCCCCGCGUCCUCACCAUCGACCCCACCGAGUUCAAGUUCAAGCUGGCCCUCAUCAACCGGAAGUACGACGAGGUGCUGCACAUGGUCCGCCACGCCAAGCUGGUGGGGCAGUCGAUCAUCGCCUACCUUCAGAAGAAGGGCUACCCCGAGGUGGCGUUGCACUUCGUCAAGGACGAGAAGACCCGCUUCAGCCUGGCCCUCGAGUGCGGCAACAUCGAGAUCGCCCUGGAAGCGGCCAAGGCCCUGGACGACAAGAGCUGCUGGGAGAAGCUGGGCGAGGUGGCCCUGCUGCAGGGGAACCACCAGAUCGUGGAGAUGUGUUACCAGCGCACCAAGAGCUUCGACAAGCUCUCCUUCCUCUACCUGCUCACCGGAAACCUGGACAAGCUCCGCAAGAUGAUGAAGAUCGCCGAGAUCCGCAAGGACAUGAGCGGCCACUACCAGAACGCCCUGUACCUGGGGGACGUGGUGGAACGCGUGCGGGUCCUCCGCAGCUGCGGCCAGAAGUCCCUGGCCUAUCUGACGGCCGCCACGCACGGCCUGGACGAGGAGGCCGAGAGCCUGAGGGAGACGUUCGACCUGGAGAAGGAGGCGAUCCCGGACAUCGACCCCAACGCCAAGCUGCUGCAGCCGCCCGCCCCCAUCAUGCCGCUGGACACCAACUGGCCCCUGCUGACCGUGUCCAAGGGCUUCUUCGAGGGCACCAUCGCCAGCAAGGGGAAGACCGGCGCCCUGGCCGCCGACAUGGACCUGGACGCGGUGGGCACCGAGGGCUGGGGAGAGGACGCCGAGCUGCAGCUGGACGAAGACGGUUUCGUGGAGACGGCGGAGGGCUUCGGGGACGAGUCCGGUGCCAGGGGCCAGGAGGAAGGAGGCGGCUGGGACGUGGAGGAGGACCUGGACCUCCCGCCCGAGCUGGACGUGGCCCCAGGGGCGUCGGGAAGCGGCGAGGAUGGCUUCUUCGUGCCCCCGACCAAGGGCACCAGCCCCACCCAGAUCUGGUGCAACAACUCGCAGCUGCCCGUCGACCACAUCCUGGCCGGCUCCUUCGAGACAGCCAUGCGGCUCCUGCACGACCAGGUGGGGGUGACCCAGUUCGGCCCCUACAAGCAGCUGUUCCUGCAGACCUUCGCCCGCGGCCGCAGCACCUACCAGGCCCUGCCCUGCCUGCCCGCCGCCUACGGCCACCCGCACCGCAACUGGAAGGAGGCGGGGCCUAAGGGCGGCCUGCCGGCCGUGGGGCUGAAGCUGAACGACCUGAUCCAGCGGCUGCAGGUGUGCUACCAGCUGACCACGGCCGGCAAGUUCGAGGAGGCCGUGGACCGGUUCCGCUCGGUCCUGCUGAGCGUGCCGCUCCUCGUGGUCGACAGCAAGCAGGAGAUCGCCGAGGCCCAGCAGCUGAUCGCCAUCUGCCGUGAGUACAUCGUGGGGCUGAGCAUGGAGCUCGAGCGCAAGAGGUUGCCCAAGGACAGCCUGGAGCAGCAGAAACGCAUCUGCGAGAUGGCGGCCUACUUCACGCACUCCAGCCUGCAGCCCGUGCACAUGGUCCUGGUCCUCCGCACGGCCCUCAACCUCUUCUUCAAGCUGAAGAACUUCAAGACAGCGGCCGCCUUCGCCCGCCGCCUGCUGGAGCUGGGGCCCAAGCCCGAGGUGGCCCAGCAGACCCGCAAGAUCCUGUCGGCCUGCGAGAAGAACCCGACGGACGCCUGCCAGCUGAGCUACGACGCGCACAACCCCUUCGACAUCUGCGCCGCCUCCUACCGACCCCUCUACCGGGGCAAGCCCGUGGAGAAGUGCCCCCUCAGCGGCGCCUGCUACAGCCCCGAGUUCCGGGGGCAGAUCUGCCGCGUCACCACGGUGACGGAGAUCGGCAAAGACGUGAUGGGGCUGAGGAUCAGCCCCCUGCAGUUCCGCUGAGGCCCCGGCCCCGACCCCUCCGCCGCCCGCCCUGGGAUCAAGUAGUCCCCGAGCUCGCUCCCUCCCUCCCUCCCUCCGGC